GCGUAUCAACGGUUCGGUUUCUACCCCCGUCUUCGAAAGAAAGUUGUGAAAUAUUUAGGCUACAUUACCUUUUCUGUAAAUCACUAAGAUUGUCAGAAUGGGUAAAAAAAGAUCAAGAGAAGACGGGCAGGGCGACGUCGCCAUGGCCGACCCUGCCGUCGAUAAGAGGGAGGACGACGAUAGUUCCGACGACGAGGACAUGGACAUUGUCAACGUCGAUUUUGAGCUCUUCAACUACGAUCCGCAAAUCGACUUCCACGGCGUCAAAACGCUCCUCCGGCAGCUCUUCGACGCCGACUCCCAGCUCUUCGACCUGUCCGGUCUCAGCGACCUCAUUAUCGAGCAGAACACCAUCGGUUCAACAUGCAAAGUCGACGGCAAGGCCAACGACGCCUACGCCUUCCUCACCGUGCUCAAUCUCCAGGAACACCGCGCCAAGAAGCCGAUUGCCCAGCUGAUCGAUUACCUCACCGACCGGGCCAAGACAAACGACAGCCUAUCAGGCGCCGUACCGGAGCUGCUCUCGUCGGGCAAGCACGUGGGGUUGGUGCUGGCGGAGCGGCUCCUCAACAUGCCGGCCGAGGUGAUCCCGCCGAUGUGGACGUGCAUGAUCGACGAGAUCGAGGCGGCCGUGGAGGACAAGGAGCCGUACGAGUUCACGCACUACCUGGUGGUGUCGCGGACGUACCACGAGGUGGCGUCCAGCCUGGACCAGAGCGAGCGCAAGCAGAAGAAGGCGCGCGAGGAGCCGGCGCUGCAGUACUUCCACCCGGAGGACGAGGAGAUGCGCAAGCACGCCGUCGCGGCUGGCACAUACGAGUUUACCAAGGGGGGCGAGGCGGUGGCGGACAGCAAGCGGGCCUUUCAGGAAAUGGGGAUCAAGUCGUGCGGGUUCAUGAUGCUGAUCGAGGCGGACAAGUUCCAGGGCGCGGUGCAGGCCAUCGCCGAGUAUGUUGGGACGGCCACAUAGGAGAUGGGGAGUCGGACGUGAAUGAAAAUAUAU